AUGGUUACUGGGACGCGCUACCGCUUUAAGCAUGCUAACACAGGCAAAAAGCCAACAAAGAAACAGUUAGCAAGGCAGCGAGAGGAGGAGGAGAGGAGGCUGCGAGAGGAAGAGGAAGCACGGCUACAGGCAGAGAAAGACGAGCAGGAAAGACUGGAAAGAGAGAGGAAGGCAGAGGAGCUAGAAAAGCUCGAGUUAAAGGACCGAGGGCGCAGAGAAAACGAACUGAAUGAGCUGCGCCAUCUACUGGAGGAAAAUCACGCUGUAAUAACCCAGUGGAAAACAGAUACUGUGGAGAAAGCCAAGUGGGAGAAAUACAUGUGCUGUGAUGGUAGCCCUGAUCCAACGGUACAGCAGGAUAUUAACACCUAUAUCAGCUUAUGGAGAGAUGACCGGCAGGCUGACAUCACACCUGUGCUCCAGAAAUGUAAUGACACCUUAAAGCUGAUAGAGGAGCUGGAAGGUCUGCUCAGAGAUGUUACAGAUCCACAGGACAGACAGAAGUACCAGGAGAAUCUCAUCAGUCUGCAGGAACUCAUCCACUCCAAACAUCAGAUCACCACUGAGGAGAUUCUCAAGAGAGCCAGUGCAAAUAUUGACACUGAGACGGGUAACAUGCAGACUGUGAUCAGAGAUGACAACAUUACACUGUGUCUCUGGGCCAACCUCAAAAAGAAUCCAAGGUUCAAGGGUUUAAACUUCGAGGAGGUAGGCCUUGGCUUUGAGCUUCCUAAACAGCUGGCUGUCAGCAACAUAGCUGUCAGGAUCCUUCAUACACAUUAUGAUCACCUGACCUCGCAGGCCAGGAUGGCUCACCUGAGAGUCCACACUGCCAGCCACAGGUCUCUUGCAGAUGAUGAGGAGCUUCGUGCAGAUGUGGAUGUACCAGAGCAGGAGGAGAUGAAAGAGAGGGAGGAGGUGACAGAGGAAGUGGAGAUAGAGGAUGAGGAGGUGCAGUCUACCCAAGGGCUUGAGGAGAGAAAGAGUGCAGCCAGUUUUCAGUCAAGAAGGGACAGUACCCGGUCUGCAGGGGAGAGAGUGAGUCAGAUCCAAACGCAGAUGGAGGCUGUCUGUGCUGAGGGGGACCCAGCCUUUCCUCCUGCAGAGCUCACAGUGGUGAAAAAUGGUGACCAUGUGGUGGAUUUAAGACAGUACACACCCCUGGGUGGGGUCUUCUAUUAUGAUGUGUUUCAUCUCCCACCACAAGCCCACCAGAUGAACGGCUGGGAUAUAAGAGAGGUUUUGAACAAAGGGCUACAGGUUUUUCCCUACCCUGGGAAAAGCUCUUCAUCCGAUGAAAACGACACUCUCUCCUGCCCUCCUGUAGGUGUAACUGUGACACUGCCUGAGACGGUCAUCUUCCUGGAAACUCCCCAGGUUGCUUGUUGGGAUGCUGCUGAGAAGCAGUGGAGGAUGGAUGGCACCACCGACGUCUCUUAUGAGGGGGCAGAGGCCAAGAUGUCGUUUAAGAUGGAUUCCUUCAAGGCCUUUGUGCUGAUGCAGGAAACUUACGCCAACUUUCCCUUCCAGAGAUGGGAGCUCAGGCCGCUUGACCAGAACUCGGCUCUUUUCACGGUCAGUGGGGCGCUCACUGACGUCAGUAUCAUGAUCAAGGGUAAUCAGUGUAUGUUACAAGCUGAGCAAGAGAGAGGUCUCUCUCACCUGAAGGAGAAGUGGAUGAGCGGUCCAGCUCUGCAGAGAGCAAUGCUCAACGCAGGGAUCAAUAUCUUUGUGGAUGAGUACACCGACAAAUACGUCAGCACGACUGCCAAGGAUCCACUGACAGAGCAUGCUGCCUAUGAACAGAUGGCCCUCUUUGCCUCUGCCUGUGCCUUUUCAUGGAGCAAAUGGAACGCCAAAUGUGGAGCGGAGCAUCUGGUCAUGCAGGUGUGUGAGCAUCGUGGUCCUGGCCCUGUGCCUAGAGACUCGUGGAGUCUCUACCUGCUUGGUGCUCAGAGAAGUCAGAGGCUGGAGAUCACAGAGAGCAGUGAGGCCUUCUCACCAGACCAUUAUCCUGGCAGUGAAUUUCACUCCACCUUCAUCCACAUGCUCCAGGACAGCAUGAGCGCUGACGGUAUCACCAGGACCAGAGAAUCAGACAACCUGUUCGUGGAUACGAUACAGGGCCUGCUCUGUGCCACCAGACCCCUGAUGUAUGCUUAA